CGUUGAAUAAUUAAUUAAUUUUGCCACGGGAAGUAGUCCAUAAUUGGGAUGUAAAGUUACUGGUUAUUAUUUUUUACGCGGAAGAAAAACAGACCUCAAAGAUCCGCCUGACGCGGAGGAUUUGUGGUCAAUGUUUCCCUAUGCCGCAUGAAUGAAGCUUCAGACCAUGAACGAGAAAGGCCAAGAUUGGGGCGAUUUUGUCAACCGUUAUACAUCGCAAUCUUCGCGGCAUUCUAGCCCAGAUAGAGAGCAAGACUUUAUGAGACUCACUCCUUCACCAAUCUCGCCAUUGUUUAGUUCGGCGGAGAAACAGUUUUGUCGGAGAGAUAAUAUCGAUCAAUGCGUGGCUUAUUUAAACCAGGUAGGCAAAAUGUGGUGUGAUGACUCUGUCUUCGAUGCAUAUUCCAGUGCUUAGUAUAGUGAAGCUAAUUACUGCUCUCUUUUCAUGCAUGCAAAACGCGAUUUUCUUUCAUUUCUUGAGAUAUGAUCGCUAAUCCGUAAACGUCAUUUGGUUGUAUUUAGGUCAAAUAUUUUCGUUUUCGAAGUUGGAUUUCAGCUUUAUCUUUAUUAUACAUUCGCGUUCGGUGUAAUCGGACAACGUUUCCUAAUUUUCAUAAAUUGCUGAUUUAACUUUGCUCGCUUCGCUUACUAAGCAGUUAGAUCCAGUUGACAUUCACUAUCGGUUGGAACAAUAUAACGACCGACACCUUCGUCGGCCGAAAAUCUUUCUGACUUAAGCGUAAUUGUUUUGAUAAACUUCAAAGAUCAUGCAGAGAGUGAUUUUCCAUGUAUUCUUGUUUUGGCUGUUUGGGAUUUUAUCAGAUUUCUAUUCAAAUCCUUCAGCAAACAUUUUAAUAACUAAUGACAAUGCUCAUUGUCACGUUAAUUGUUAUUUUCAAAUAGAAAGUGUUUUAGAUGUUUUUAGCGAACUGACAAAAAAUUUUUCGAAUGAAAUAAACUCUCUAGCUCAAUAUUUUAUGUAACCAUAUUAGCUAAGGUCCUCAACGAGGAGUUAUUAAGCUGAACAUUUAGUAACUCUAUCAAUAUAGCUUACAAACCGGAACAUUUGUUUCAAGAUAUUUGCAACUGUAUAUAGCCUAAGGAGGUGUAAUUUAAGAAGAAUAGCAGUGCACAUGAAUGAACUUGUUAAUAUAUGAAUUUGCAAUCAAAAAAAUAAUCAUAACAUUUAUGCCUGACUAGGAUUUUGAGUUUUUAAAAAUAAAAAAAGUGUCAUGUUUUCACACUCAACGUGAAAAAAAUUUACAUAAUUCAGGGUUUGGCUGUUUCCCAACUGACCCUGAUUUUCUAGAUAUAAAACAGACAGAGUUUUCAGCGAAACUUGUUGUUUAAUGCAAAACUAUAAUGGACAUGAAUACAAUACAGUGUGCUAUGUGUUGGUACGUACCUAUAACUCUUUUGUUUCAAAUACCUAGGAAUACUUUUACCCUCACAGAGCUCUGAGAUAUGUAAGAGAAAGAUUAUUUUAACAGGAUACAUGUAGCUUCUGGUGAUUUGAUCAUCAUGUCACGUCCCAAGUUGCACCCACAUCAGUCACCAUGGAAACUAAGAUUUUUGCAAAUACCACUGAAUAUUAAGUGCUUAAUUAUCAGCCUAUUUUUAUUGGUCUGACAGGUGUAUAUUACACCAAGAAUGCCUUAUCCCAUAGAAAGGCUAACAGUUCAAUUUUAUACAUUAUUUUACCCCCAUUUUCAAAGAAAAUUACAAGGAGUUUUUGUUAAAAUAUUUGGCAAUAUUAGUGAAUGAGGCUGAGCAUGAUAAGCUGAGGCAGAUAGCACCCUCCAAGAUCUGCAUAAUUCUUCAGUUCAUACAAUGUACAAAAGUGGGAUCCAAUAACUUUUUUAUCAUUCAUUCAAAGUAAUUCUGACUUUUAAAACUUGCUUACGUGGAUGGAACAAUGCAAAGUUUCCAUCUUCAUUUGCCUGUUGCAUAUGGCAAAUUCCCAACUUAGAAGAGGUUUUUUUUGUCGGAUAUGUUUCUUAGGCUUAAUUAAAGUAAAGGUGAUGUAGGAUUAUUAUUUUAAUAAAAUAAAUAAUCUGUUAUCACUCAUUGUGUAUACGCAGGAGCUUGGUGUUCUUGGAUUCUCAUCUUUAUUUGCACCUUCUCGCAAUGGAAUUGGACCCGCUGAUACUUUUGACAUUGUCAAACUCAUCAACAGUACCUACGAACUCUUACAACAACAACAGCGCAAUAUGAAACAAAGAACAGAUCUUGAAGAGAAGUGAGUGCUAGGCAAUGAAUUUAUUUCUGUGUGGACAUGUGUCUAGGUCAGGUCUGCUGUUGCUGUGAUAUACCGGUAACUUCUGUUGGUAACGAAUAAUAGCCUUCCUUGAGGUUGCUGGGGUCAUUGUGACCAUCUUACACAUGAUACUCCACCCUGAGUGCCAGAGACUUUUCUAGCAUGGUUUCUGGUUUCUGUCAAGUCUUUAUAGUGACCCGUUUUUUCUCGCAGGUUUGCCGCUCAUGGCUUCGGCCUACUAGACGGCCGAAGGUGUGUCGCCUUUUGACCAACAACAAAAAUUCCCACCACACACAAGAAAAACAUCUGGUACCCAGGGUAAUGAAACUCUAAUUUAGGUAAAAAACUGCUGGGUUGAUUGAAAUACACUGUAAUUAAAGCAGCUGUGUCACAAAAUUUAUUGAAAUUCCAGCAGCUGCUAUAAGCUUGACACCCAUCUACUUUCAUAAGAAAUGAAAGGAAAAUAGAACCAAAUGGACUUUCUAGUUGUUCCAUUUCCUGCCCAUUAAUUGCCUAUUCUUGGCAUCUUGAAAUCUCUGUUAGUGACUUUCUUGCGGUAAGGUAAAGUAAAGUCUGUGUAUUAGUCAUGUGGCCUGUCACGCCUUGAACUUAUCCUGGUUUCUGUAGCACAAAGCGAUUGGGUAUUAUUCUAUCCCCCCUCCCCCCUCCCCCCUACUUAGAUGGGAUGCCAAUCAAUUGCAGAGUUACCUCCAGCAGUAUGUUUUGCGCAGCACGAUAUACCCAUUUAUACAUGUAAACCAAGGUGAAGAGAGGUUAAGUGGAGCAAAUUAUCCUGUCUAAGGAAACAAUGUGAUGGCAAGGCUUGAACCUAGACUUCCAUCUUAAGUUUGAAGUGUUAACCACUCAGCCACCAUGCCUUCAGUGUGGUUUCCUUAUAAACGUAACUGGGAGUUGUUGUCUCUCUUUUCUUAGGGCCAUGUGUGGGAAGCAAAAAAGUAUUUUUGAUUACAUGUGUUCUUGGUUUACUGUCACUCGGAAGAAAGAAAGAGACUGUGUCCAGUCUAUUAUGAUUGCCUGAAAGGAUGUGUAUGGCUGUAAACAUCCUAAAAACAUUAGUAGUUUUGACAAUUUUUUGGGAAACCCCACAUUUAUUUUAAGUAACAUAAAGACUUAAUACAUAAUAUUUGUACAUGAAAGGCUAUAAGGUUCGUUUCAAGUUUAAUAUCUUUGUAAAGACAUAAUCUUACAUAGUCUGGCACUUCCUUUUUCGUUGUUUUUAAGGAACCUUCGAUCAGAAUGUGACAAUGAGCAUCUGAUGCAGGUCCAGAAGAGACUAAAGGUAUUUCAAACAUUUUUGUUUUGUUAAUUCAAAACCCAACUAAAUUAAAGUUUUUCAGCAAAAUUAUUUGUUACCAGGAAAGCUACCUGUUCAUGUAUUUUAAUUAUUAUAUUACUUUGUGUAUAACUUUUGUUUUAUUUAGGAACAGUUGGAAUCUGCUCAGAGGGAAAUUGCUAUGGGAAAUGAACGAGAGAGGCAGUUACAGUCAAAACUUUUAAAAACAAAAGAGGAACUAAAAUUAGAAAGAGAAGAGGUAAAUACAUGUACAUACAAUUUAUGAAACGGUUUCAAGUGCAGUAAAGAUCAUGAAAUACAUGUAUACCCUGGCUCAAGAGGUCCGUUCAUUUAGCAUGAAAUAAACCCUGCUCAGGGCGUUGUGAAAGCUCUUGAGAGCAGACAAAGAUGGACUUUAGUUCAAGUCGUAGGGGUACAGGCAGUGCAAUGUUUCUUGUUGUGGCAAUUGUUGUUUUGCAUUUGUUGUAACAGUACAAAUGUAUAUCAAGCUGGCACUAGCCUGUUCCAGGCUCCAAUAUAGUCAGGUUCGUGAAAUUGAGAAAGUGCGAACACAAAAAUAAAAUGGAAGAAAACUGGGGAGAGGAAGGGCGGCCACUGCCCCCUUUGCCCAGAUCACGUGCCUUAAACUUACGCGUCAUCCCUACUUCACUUGUACAUCUUUCCUACUAUCUGAGAGCCUGGAACAGGCUAAGCUGGCACUGGCGGCUAUCUACAUGUAGAAGGUAGAUUACAGAAUCUUAUUAGAAUCUCCCUUUACUCUGACAACAACUGGCAAAACUUUAUGAAUUAUUAAAAUUAUUAUUAUUAUCACUAUUGAUAUUAAUCAAUUAAUGAUGGUGAAUUGCAGAAUGAAGAAAUUAAAAAAGUGUUAAACCUAUUAUUAUUAUUAUUAUUAUUACGGUAUUAUUAUUAUUAUCAUUUGAAAUAUGAAAACAGAAAACACUCUGACUCUUACUUGAACCUUGUCCUCCCAGGUCCUAUUUAAAUAGGAAAAUGGAGACUGUGAGAAGGCUAACUCAUGAUUUAUGGGAAAAUUGUGGCGGCAGAGCCCCUAUCCACAGAACAAUAAAUCGAGGAAAAUCAAUAGAUUGUGUGAAGGUUCACUUUUCCUCACCCUAUUCUUCUCGUUGGCUUUGUUACCUUGGCCACCAAAAUUUUCUCAGAGAUCGCACACCAGUGAGCCUGGCUACUGAAGAUGUUUUCUAUUGACUCUUUCCUUCUGUUUCUCCAACAGUUGAAGAAAACUAAAGCCAAUUCGCUUCAUGUACAGAAACAGUAUGACCAUGAAACCAGAAAAAAAGAACGGGAAUUCACCAAACUCAAGGAAAGAAUUCACCAACUUCUAACAGAUAAAAGUCAAGAAAAAAGGGUUGGAUUGGAUAUCCUGAAUUUAAUAAAACGACCUAGUGGACAGCGUGCCAUGUGGAAGACAGAAACUGGAAAGUAAGUGGCCUUCAAAACAUUGUUUAUAUAAAUUACCUCUGUUUAAUCCGUUUGUGGCCAGGCUCGUAUUAUAGUCAUGAAAUGUACACUAGUGUGAUUUUUGUUGGAUGUAAAAGAAACCAAACUGUAGGCUGACAACACGGCCAUCUCUCCUUGCUCUUCGCUGCUAGGGAUAUUUCGCCAGAAUGGCAAAAUGUCCCUGGUGGCGAGGAGCAAGAAGAAAUGGCUUUUUUCGGAGGCUACCCAAACUGCUGUUCAGAAUGAAAGAGAAGGUGAGUUAGACCCCAGUGGUGUGUGAAGAAAUGAUUCUUUUCAGCUUGAAACGUUUACGCUCAAUAUUCUUACAAAACAUAUUCUAAUUGUAAAAAGAACAGUCUAUAGAGGUCGCAGUGGUUAAAUUUGUUCAAGUCACAGCAAAGACGGUACCCUGGUCCCAGAGGUUUUUCUUGAAAUUUUUCUUCGGGAAAGAGAGAGCGAGCCGCGAAGCGGCAAAGAGAGAGAGAAGCUCUUUGUCUCCGCUACGCGGCUCGUUCUUUCUUUCCCGAAGAAAAAUUUCAUGAAAAAACUCUGGGACUAGGGUAUAAAGACGGCUAUGGCCGUCGAAAAUUCUCUUCUGAAAUACUGAAAUAAGCUUAAACUUGAACCUGGAACUUGAUAAAGCUUUACGAUGGAUUCUUGAAAUCACCCAGUAAUUUUUGCCACGAUACUAACACUUUUAGGGCGUCGCCCGCUACCGUAUAGAAUCGCAUUCAUUAAUCAUAGCGUGAAACGAGAAUCGCGUAAAGUGUAAAGCAAUUCGCGUCUCGCGAGCGGUUGGUAACUUACUUUUUGCGGUACUGUAGUUAUGGAGUUGAUGUCAGUAAUACUAUUGUGACACAGUCCUGUUUCACCCCAUAUCACUGUGUUGAUUCACCAUGGUGAAAAGAAUUAACUGAAACUUACUAAUUUAUUUGGUACAUUUUAAAAUUUAUAAUGUAUCCAUGUAUGUGCAGAAAUGAGGAAGAAAUGUACAGAAUGCUUAUCACAAGUUAUGAAGAAAGACAAAAGGUACAGUGAAAUGUAUUGUUAGCACCUUUGUGAUCGUUGACUGUAUGGUAAUUAUCUAGAACGUACUAGCUGAGACAAAAUAAUUAUUUCUAAUCUCCCUGAGAAUAAAACGUCCAAUGACAUGUUAGAAGUAUACCAAAUGGCACUCGUUUUUUUUUACAGUUACAGACUUAAGGAGAGUAAUACUGCCCAUAGCUACCUUUUCGAUAACACAAGACUAUUCCUUUCUCUUCGAUAGUACCACAUUUUUGUACGAAUAUAUUUGGGACGCCAUUAAGUAGAGCACGAAAAAACGUAUAAGUACAACAUGAUGUUUUUGUGCGCCUUUUUUGUAUUGUUUAAAAAACGAGCAGGAGUGUAUUGUCAGGUUUAAAAACUCGAGGCGAAGCCGAGAGUUUACAACCCUGAUAAUAUACGACUACGAGUUUUUUGAACGGCUUCAAAAUCUCUGAUACAUAUCAACUCAUUCUUGCACUAAACUUUGAAUCUGGGGUUAUUUUGGUCUAUAAAAUUGGUCGUAAAGUUUAGCCGUGUCUUUAUCAGAUAUAAAGACUCUCACUAAACAUUAAUUUCUUUUGUUUUUUCAUUAUGAAUUAUUAAUGAGUUUUUGAAGUGUUUUUGUUCUGUCCUAACUGAACGAGCUGGUGAAAUUGGCAUUUAUUGUUUAGAGACUUUGAUUUUAAUGCAAGUAAUAGACUGAGAAAACAGCCGACUUUUUGCGACGCUACAAACCGUUUCCCCGCGAAAAUGACGUCUGAGAAACGAGCGCAGAAAUUCCAUACUGAUGACGCGUCACUACCCAGAUCUGGGUAGUGACGCGUCAUCAGUGUGGAAUUUCUGCGCUCGUUUCUCAGACGUCAUUUGGCGGGAAACCAGUGGUAGCGUCGCAAAAUGUCGACUGUUUUCUCAAGCUAUGUAAGUAAGUGAUUAUUAUUGAUUCUGUCCGUUAAUUUUUCAUGUACGUAUUUUUUAUUUUGGCAUUGAUUCAGGAACUCAUGGUUGAAAAUAGCGAUUUGCGGGAAUCACUGAAAAGCAUGCAGACUGAACUGGUUAAUUUAUUAAAUCAUCACAAUGAUGAUUAUGAAAAUGAAAAUAAUACAGAGGUCAGUAAUGUGUGGCACAAUUUUGUUUUCUGUUGCAAUUCUUAUUUUUUAAUCAACGUAUAGUUCCAAAGAAUAUCCAUACCCCCCACGGAGGGGCACUUUUUCUUUCGACCCCCAGGGAGGGAGGGUAAAUUUCCGUAAAUUUCCAACUUGGUUUAUAGGCACCCCCUAGAAAGAAUAGUUACUUCAAAAAUGCUGUUGCGCUAUACUGUUAUGGGAACGUUAAUCGUUUAUCGCAAACGAUAAAGAGAGAAAAAAAUCCCACCCCCUCGAAAAUUGCGUCCUUUUGGUAUGGAUAUUAUCUGGAACUACACAAUAUAAGGAUAUGACGAUCCCCCCUCGCGACGCUGGCCACCAACAUAAAACCCUCGUUACUGAAUUUAACGAGAUUUUCCAUCAUACGACAAGACAAGUACACGUAUUAGAAAAGAAACUUCAAAAUAAAUUCACACAGCAGACUCAUUUUCCGGCUGCCACUUUUCUCCAGAAAUACAUGUGUCUGCAUCCUUUAAUCUGCGACCAUGCGUUAUUCUUCCCUUGUUCUUUGAAAGGCGUUCGCUGACUUUUUCUCUCCUGAAAAAAAAAGAACACCUGAUUACAGUUUAUUGGUUCUUAGGCUAUUUGCCAAGGGGACGCCAACUUUUGUGCGGUUUUGAACUCAUGAAUUAGGAGAAAUUUACAGCUUGACGGUCGUUGACCGUUUAACCGUGGUAGUGUUCAAUCAUAUGAACGUCUUUAGUUUUUGCACGUACGUCUUUGUAAAAACUACGCAACGUGCACGUCUCUGACCCCAAUUCCAGUUCCAUUGCCCGUUCUUCAUUAUCUCAAAACGCCGAAAAAGAUGUCCCUGUUCGUAGUUCUGUACCAGUGUUCACAGACCUUAUACUUUCUUUAUCUUAUCUUAUCUUACCUUAUACUUUCUCCUUAAAGAUCGUCGAGUACGCGUACGAAAAAAUAAAUAAGUAAUAAUAAUAAUAAUAAUAAUAAUAAUAAUAAUAUACAAUAUUUAUAGAGCGCUAAUUCCCAAUGGUCCAAAAACCGAAGGGCUUUUGGUUGACCGCUAGCGCAAGGGGAUAUAUAGCCCGUGUAGAUGGCGGAGUUUUUUUUGCGCGUGUCAGAGUUUUGACGGCGCAGCGGAGAAGCGAGCGCCGAAGGCGCGAGAAAGAUUUGAAAGUUUCUCCUCCCCAUUCUCCGCUCGGCUUCGCAACCCUUCUGCCAAAACUUUCCUGGCGCGAACGAUCCCGUUGUAGGGAGACUAGUAUAAGCGGGGUGUCCGCAAUAGCGAGGUGUCUACAAGUCAAGAGUUUUCAAUGCACUGAUAGCUUUCCGUAGAUUAAAAAUUAAAGUUCCCCUUGUUUACUUUUUGCAGGGAGGUGAGCUGAGUGAAUCAGGCUCCUUAGAUGAACUUUCCACGGGACAUUUUCAUAUGCCAUAUGAUAUAGUUAGAGAAGGUACGGAUAACUAUGAGAUGAUAGCGGAAUUGCAGUCUAUCCAGGAAUAAUAGCGACGUUCCUAGGUGCUUUUGCUGAUUAAAAAAUGCGCUUAAGGGUUGAUUUCCAGUGUGGCGUAAUUUUCACGUGCGUACGUGCGUAAAUUUACGUUCGCAAAUAAAAUAGAGGCAAUAGAGAGAUUAAGGCUGCGUGCAAACGGACGCAACAUUGUUGGAUGUUACAUGUUGCGUCCGUUUGCACACCCUGUUGCAUGCUGUUGAAUGUUGUUGCGUGUUGUUGCGCAAAGUUUGAAACCGGUCAAACGUGUAGCCCCGUGCAAACGGACGCAACAUUGUUGGCCUACAACUCCCAACAUUGUUGAGAGUUGUUGCGCCCGUUUGCACGCAGCCUAAGAUUCACGUUUACGUCAAACGGCAAACGUGACUUUGUACCACGUGACCAACUUUCCCCCUUAAUUGUUGCUUACUGUUUAUUACUUCUACUCAAAAAUAAGUCGUUCCACGUCAGUUUUAUCCAUGAGAAUUGUUUUGGACAUUCUGAGAAAUCUUAACUUUACUUGAAUCUGACGUUUGCCGUUAGCCGUAAACGUGACUCUUAAUCUCUCUAAUGCUUGAAAGGUCGCUCGAAGGCGUUAAAGUUGAACCUCGCUCAACUUCUCGUUUAAGCUUAGCACUUUUUAUCUUGCCUCUAUUUUAUUUACGCGAUUGAAAUUUACUUUCGUUAACGUGCGCAGCCAAACACACGUCAGUGGAAAUCAACCUUAACUGGGAGAAUUGUUCGCCCGUGAGCCUUAAGAAAAUUACACUUUCAGCUGUGAAAGAAAAGUAGUUGAACUGCAGUCAAUGAUUUUCGCAAAUUAAACAAAACACUAGACAAAAGGUCUAAAAUGUUUUCCAUCAAGAUUCACAAAUUCUGCGAUGUACUUUUUCUGUUUUCUCUUAACCCAAAUUGAGUCUCGCAUUUUCUUUUUAUAGUGCGUUGCAUGCGAAUCAAUUGAACGUUGCGGAAGAACUGUUGGACAAAUGUGACAAUACUGAAACUUGGUUUUCCUGUGUGAGCCCUCUUGUCACUCUACUUAAUGUUUCUUCUUCUUUUUUUUUCAAUUAUAAUUAUAAUUUAAAUGUAUACAUUUCUUUUGUUAGGAAUUGAGAGUAGUUUGAGAGAAAAGUGGAGAUUGCUGAAGUCUAGGUUAGAAGAAAAGAACAAAGGGUCUAGCAACGGUAAGCCACAUGUUAGACUUUUUCAAAGCCCGUUUCCGCUCACGCAGUCGGCUUGUGGCAAGUCUAGCCACAUGUAUCUAUUAGGUUUUAUAGUAUCUGCUUCUCCUCUUUUCUGGAUUGUUUGUGUUUCAGCAAGGUUCAAAAUAUUGGGGCGAGUAUCAAAAGAGAAUUUAAAUGUUGGUUAACAAAAAAGCCUUCUUAAAUUUGGCCAACACUCACUUUUGUAAAACAUUGCUUGCUGUGUCUGCGUCAAGAGGCCUUCCAGCCCAGACUGGAAUACUCGAUUUUUUAUUAACAGUUUUAGUUUGGUGAGGCAAAAGCGUUAAGUUCGACAGAGUCUGUCGAAAUUUUGUCGAACUUAACUUAGGCUCGACACCCGGUUGCGCCGUCUGAAUCAGAUGUUGCUCCAAAAUCGAACUUAUUCAGUUAGGUUCGGCACGUGAAAAGUACGGCGUCUGAACGAGGCCUUUCUUCGGUUUAUUUAUCAUCAAAUUGUUGUUUUUUCCUGCUCAUCUAAAGUAGAUGUUUUGCAAAUAUGCGAAAAUGUAAAAGAUUUUAUAGCAUUAUGGAGCAAAUUAAUUACUAAAAGCUCCCCUUCGUUCCCGGACUGAGAUGGAAUGAAACAUUUCCCCCUUACUUUGAGGUGGGGUGGGGUAAAAAAUGGAGGUGUUCGGUCUGUGGUUGGGUAGUAGAGGCUCUAGGACUCGAACUCAAUACCCCCAUUUAGAUUUUUUUCAAGUAAACCCACCCCACCCCUCCCGUCCCGUGUUAUCUUUGUCUUCCUAGCCUUCCCUGUUUCUAAAAAGAAACUAAAACAGAGCGCUCGUAAAACGUACGACGAGACACGUUUUUACGCUGGCGGUUAAAUUUCGACUUGAAAUGUCAGGAUUGAAAAUUGUCAUGGAAUACCGAACUAUGACAUCGUCUGUCAGGGCCUUGAUAAUUUCUCUCUUAAAUUUGAAACUUCUUUCUACGAAUAAAGGUGCAUCAAAUUGCACUGAUGCCAAACCUGUCUUUCCAAAAGAAGAUGCUCUCAGGCUCACAAACAUAGCUUCACUGUUUGCACAAACAGGUUCCACUAAAGAGGUCGAAACGAAAAAAGUUGACUGGGAAGAAGAGGUUCAAAGGUUAAAAAGACAACUGGAGAACUACAGACAUGUUGUAGAACAGCAGGAAAGUUUAAUAGAGGUAAACCUUUUUGAAAAAUGUUUUUCUGUAUUUUGAUUAUAGGGGAUACACUGUUGAAGGAACUGCUGUUACCUUGUGCAAGUUGUGAUAGACUGGUUAUUGUUGCCAGUUACGCGUCCUUACUCGAGAAACUACUUAAGAACGACAAAAUCACAGCUUUGUGUCAAACAAAAUAUGUCUCACAAGCAUUUUAUCAGUCAUUACAAACAACAACAAGAAAAUCUUUGUCAAAUUGUUAGCCUAACAAGUUUUCAGAAAACAAAUGCAAUCUGUUUUAACCUCCUUCGAGGUUGUCCAUCCGUGCUUCCCUCUGUUUUUGCUGUGUUAGCAUUUAUUUUAAUAUUUCACCCAAUUUGUUGGCAGUUCCCUCUGUUUGAAUUUUGAUAUUAAAUUUCAAGACACAGCUCCUUUAAUGAAAUUCAGCCAAAUUAGGUAUUACAAAAUGCCCGGUAAAUCGAAGAGAAACAUUAAAAUAACCGCUUAAAACAUUAAAGGAAGGUCAAAAUAACACAACAGAUACAACAGAUGCCACGGAUGGGCAAAACUGAAGAAGAUUGAAACGAAUUGAAAUUAGGGUUUUUGAAAACUGUUCAGCCUAACAGUUUUUCAAAGUUUAUCUCUGCUGUUUGCAACUUUAAAAAUAAUGCUCGGGAGACAUAUUUGUUUGUCUCGAAUCUCUGACUUUGCCAUUUACAUGUAAUUUCUUUGCUGUCUUUGUAAGUUCCAUAGCAAUUGAGGGCGAGUAAUUGGCAAGAUUAAACAAAAUGAUCUGGACUGCCGUGACACAGCCCCUUUAACAACUGAGUUGAUAGUAAAAUGGCCAUUAUAAACAGUUCUAUAGCCUGCGAGCAAGCUCUCCUAUUUGGGCGUGUGAAGCGAGUCUCGCGAGAACGCGCGAGCGAGCGGCGAAGCCGCGAGGGGACCUCGCUCGCGCGUUCUCGCGAGGCUCACUUCGCUUGCCUAAAUAGGAGAGCUUGCUCGCAGGCUAACAGUUAUAUUUCAGUGAGGCCUUUGAGGCAUAGAGCAAAAAGAAGGGAUCAAAAAAGAAAAAACAAGAAUCAAGAACAAUCAGUGUUCUCUAAAUUCAUGCAUGAGACAAUGAUUUUAAAGUAAAUAGAAGUGCCAGUUGGUCAAACGCUCCAAUAAGUAAAUAACUUUUUUCAAAUGUUUAAAAAUCUUAGGCUCUCUUUCUAGAAAAAGCCCUGUACAAUUUCAGUAGAGAAGCUAUGGGGUCCUCAUUGCAUUGCCAUUUCCCAGAAUUAAUCCUGGUUUAUGGAUACAAACGUGACAUACUAAUCUGAAUAUUUGUUCAUUCCUUAGUCUCUGCAAGCUAAAGCAAACAGUCUGACAACUGAAGGCUCUUCGUUUCUGGUAAGACUGCGUGAUGUAUCGAGAUCAUUUUGUUUUGUUAUUGAAAAUUUUACCAAAAUGUCAUUUUGCAAAUUUUUCAACGAAACCAAUUUUGGAACAAGAACAGUAUUCCCACUCCAGAAACUAGAGGUGCGAGAAUGGGUACAAGCUUCCGGCGCAAGAAUUUUUGGGAUCGGUUAGAUGGAAAAGCGUUACACGCACUUAUGACUGGUCAAUGAUUGCAUUAAAUACCCUUCACCAAUCAUAACUAACGCAUGUCCACCUCAGCGAUCCCAGAAAAAGCUGCGUCAAAAUCUUGUUUCUGGAGUGAGGAAUUGGACUUCUAUCCACCUUUUAGCUAGUCUGCUACACAGCCGUUUUUAGUGUCGUCACGCAACGCUCCUCCCCAGUGGAGGAGGAGCGUUGCGUGACGACUCUAAAAACGGCUGUGUAGCAGACUACCUUUUAGCACUCUCCAAAGAAAAUCAUAGCACUUUUGAAUAAUUAAUAUGGUCAGAUGAAAGUCAUUCACUUGACCAUGUUAAUCUUAAGCGACAUUGGAGGAAAAUACUAAAAAAAACAACAACAACAGAAGGUUACCUGCUAUUUAAGUACGGUAAAUAUAGUAAGCCUAGACAUUUGCUCUCGCCGAGUGUCUUUUUUAUGUUCGAGGAAUAGCCCUUGGUAAGGUAACACCCAAUCUCAUUCUUAAUGGCAGUAAUCCUAUUUCACUCAAAGUUGGUGUGCCUGUGCACUAUUCGGAAUCCUAAAACUUCGCUACGUGCCCAAAUGUCAGUAUUGUUUUUAUACGAGGUUAGUGAUUUCAAACCGGCGCUAUAUGUCCCGAGCAUAUUUCUCGGGCAUGUGCACUUGUCAAGACUGUCAAGUCUUAUAUGUAAAUGUUUUCUUAUUUCAAAGACGGAUUCUCAGCUGUGGGAAGAGCAGGAGAAGUUAACGAAUGACAAACAGUUUUUUGAUGAGCAGCGGGCCACGCUGGAGAACGAGCGAAAACAGCUGACUGAUGCCGCCAUCAAACUUGGACACGAGGUAGGAGUGGAUAACAAAUACCAAAUAUUAAUUUAUUUGUAAUAGAAAAUACUACGUACUCACUCACUGUGACUUAUAUUUCCGUGCGGUUUUCGCGCCGUAGAUUGCCGAUUUCGAGAGGUAGUCAUCCUGUUCUCAGAUGGUCGAGAAACCUGGGAAUAGCCUGGGAAUAUACAAAGUGGCACUGGGACAAGGGUUUGUGAGGAAAUAUCGUUGUGAGGAGGGGUAAGGAGCUCCCGCGUUUUCCAUGGUCAAUUUUCUCUCUUCCUAGAUUCAGGGUUCGCACAGAGUCUUGAAUUCUUGAAAAAGUCUUGAAAUUUGCCCAGCAACUUUCCAGACCUGGAAAAAGUCUGGAAAAAAUGACAAAAAGUCUUGAGUUUUUUUUUUUCAAAGCUACAACAAGUACUGAAUUUUUUUUCGUUUUGGUCAAAUCUUAUUUAAUCUUGCCCGUAUGUUUAUAGCAUACAAUCACCUGUUUGAUAACCUUGAGUCUGAAAAAAGAAAUUUUUGUUUCGGAAUAAAGUCUAGAUAAAGUCUUGAAUUUUGGGUCCAAAAUUCUGUACGAUUUCACCCUUCAUAUGGAACGACAAUGUAAGAAAACAACAUCUUGGCUCGGUUAACGCACGGAUGAAUAGGGACCAUUAAACCGUCUCCUUAUUCAUUCGAAAUAUUUCUCCGUUUCUGAUUGGCUAAAAGCACACGCAUAAUUCAUCAUAACCAGAUACUGUUGACCAAAUUUGGGAGAAUUUCGCGAUUAAUCAACCGAUGACGUCAAAAGUGCAGCACAGAUCCAGGUUAGAAGAUAAAGGGCUAUUCAGGUCUGCACCGUUAACCCAGAAAACCUGGGGACGAGGUUGAGUUGUUUUGGUUGUGAAAAGAAAAAUUGGCCGACCAGUCGGCGGAGCAUUUUACUCGUUUCACGACGGACAACAUCUGCUAUUUGGAGUAUAUUUGCAGACCUGAAUAGCCCUUUAUCUUCUAAACAUGCACUAUCGAGAUGAACUUAACAUCGACGAAGGUAAGCAUGUUUUAGCUUGUUUUUAAACUAGGGAUUAUUUUGAAUGAAUAAUAAAUCAAUUAAUGAAUUCGGCUUUCGUAAGAUAGAAAGAAUUAUGCAGAUCGAGGAGGGUAUUAUCCACCUCGGCCGAUAACGCCCUCCUCGAUCUGCAUAAUUCUUCUUAUCCUACUCAGCCUCAUUCAUUAAUUGCUAAUUAAAUCAAGCAAUAUUCAUCUAUCUCGUAUGUUCAUUUCAAUUAUAUAUUUUCUCCAGUUUUCUAAUAAUUCUAAUAGUCGUCCACUCUCAAAUUGUGUUGCCAACUUCCUUUAACUUUUACAUUAAUUUGUGUGAGGUCAUCCACAAUUUAGGCUUUUAUGUUCUUAAUACAUCAGCAGUUGAAAGGUACCAUGUUGGUAAAGUGAGCUUUGUGUCAUCAAGUCAUUUUUUCCUGUAUAUCUUUAUUUAAUUAUGCUUUUAUUUAUAUUUUUUCCUGAAGCGUAAGAAAUUCGAAGAGGAACGGGCAUCUUUUUACAAGCAGCAACUCUUGACACCAAGAAAACAUUCUACGGGAUCAAGAAAAUCAAAAUGUAAGCUGUUCACCUGUUUUUUUGCUUUUUUGUUUUAGAAUUGUCCAUAAAUUGCGCAGUUAUAUGCGAGGGUGGAUCGUGAAAAGUGUGUGAGAAACGGGGAAACACGAGUGCCAGGUCGGGACAAAGACAGCAAUCUCAAAAAUUGACUCUGGACCUAGAAACCAUAUAAAUCAGCGUUAACAACGGAAUUCAACAAGCGCUGCUUUGUUGCUGGAGGGAACUGCGCUUAUUAAUAUUUUAGCCCUCAAGUGCGCUAUACGGUCUUGUACAACAGACCACUCCCAGACUAAUACUACUUUUUGUUUUCUUUGUAGCGCCCGAUGUUCCUAAUCUUCAAUUCAGCUCUGCAUCAUUUUCACCCGCUCCAAGAAACCUUCUUUUGUCCGAGUCAAGGGUUUCUCCACAAAUCCCGCGGGAUGGACCCGUGGAAAUCCCGACCACUGACGACUUAUACAAAGCUCUGUCAUUAAAGACUAAUAAGUCUCAGUUAAUCAGUGAAUUCAACGAGUAAGUGAUGUAGAAAUAUAUAUUAAUGUUUAUUUAGAUUUCCAAUAAAGAAGACGGACAGUGUUUGUUUCGUUAUACGCUCUUGAAGACAACAUUUUUGGAAUGUAAAGGAAAACAGUUUGGUACCUACUAACAUAGAAAUUUCGAGCGUAAAACGGAAUUUUAUUAAAGUUGUCUUGAGAAGUGAGCGUUUUGUCAAUAGAGACCUUUAGACUCGACGACGAGGAAAACUACGAGGACGAGAUGUAGCUUAAAAGUUUUCGUGUAUUCUCACAAAAUAGCAAAAACUUCAUCGUAUUAUUUUAUCAGAGAAGUUAGUACGGUUAUUUUUAUCGAAGGUAGUUAAGCCCUCUGCCGAUCGCAAAUCUCUGCCGAUCGGGGAGCAAGGGAUGGCGCAGUGGUGAGAGUGCUCGCCUCCCACCAAUGUGGCCCGGGUUCGAAUCCCGGCGUCGACGCCAUAUGUGGGUUGAGUUUGUCGUUGGUUCUCUCCAUUGCUCCGAGAGGUUUUUCUCCGGGUACUCCGGUUUUCCCUCUCCUCAAAAACCAACACCUCCAAAUUCCAAUUAGAUCUGGAACGCACGGACACGUUUAAACGAGUUCAUAUGAACUCUUAAGUGCUUCGUGGGUAAAAAAGCAAUUUAUUUUAAUUUUAUUUGAUAAACCUUCUAACCGUUCUUGUCAUGAUAGCUUGUCUCCGCCAGUACGGCAUUUUUGCUAAAACUCGUAGCAGACUGGCGACGGUUACCACUUUUUGCCGCCAAAAUGACGCUUGUUCACGUGCGCGCUGUACUAGCUUACUAUUGAGAAAAUCUCGAGGUGUGCUCGUCUUUAACUUUGACUCCUUAACGUUACUCCUAUUAAAAAACUGAGCAUUAUCGGUACCCGCCUGUGUUAACAGUAAAGUUUCACGAAGGAUUGUUUUAGACGACCACUGCGAACGUUGUAGGAGUAGAAGGGAUGUCAACUUUUCCCAAAAAUCUUCCUUAAACUGACUUUGUUUCACCGUCCACCAUUUGCCGAACAUCUUUUUGCAGUGAGCAACCUCGUCCCCAGGCCAAUCUCGCUAUCAGCGUCCCGACAAGCGUGACGGUUAACGUCACGUCCGAAACCACUGAAGUCUUGGAACGAGUGUGUAUUGUGAUUAUUUAGUUAAAAAUAUGAAAUAAGCGCGUGCAUAGUACCUUGCUUGAUCGAUAAAAGUGGUAAUAAGUUUUGGUUUCUUUAUUUCAGAACACCAGUGAAGGGGUACCCUACAACUGAUGGGUCCCUGAGUAUAUCGCCCUCUCCUGCGAAACAACCAUCCAGCGGAGAUUCAACGAAAGAAAACCUAUGCGAUACAAGGCAAGCCAGGAGAAUCAAUGAGCAUUUGCAGAAUGUUAAGAAAGCCCUGCAGAUGAAAAGAAGCUCAUCAAGUGAUUUAUAAAUUAAUGGGUGGAUUGCGGUGACGAUGUAGCCAGUUUACUGAAGAAAAAAAUCUUCGUAAUGUCUGCUUUCAACAGAUGGAGAAAGAGUACUUAAAUUCUUACUUAAACUCAGAGACACACACCCUAUUCAGUGUUUUAGUAGAUAUAAUUUCACAACUUCCGGUAAGAAACGUUCUGUCCCAAUAGCAUAGCCUGUAAGCAGGCUCACUUGUUCUUGUUCAGGAGAAAUUUAAUCAAAUGAGUGCAUUAUCGAAUCACCUUGAACAUUUCCUCGGGAAAUUUCGAAAGUCUUCGGCAAUCUUUGGAAGUUGUCUGAAAAUAAUCAAAGGUUCGAAACCUUGAGUUCGACUCGAUCUUUCACUUGUUAGUUUUGUUCGCAAGUGGAACUGCGAGUCAAACACUCGAAGAGAAACGUCAUAUCUCAUAGCUCUCAUGUAUUCCCGAAGAUGGUAACUGCCACAGUUUGAUCAAUGUCUUAACGUAAAGUGGACGAGGAAACUCCUUCCUCAUCCUCUCUUUCAUGUCAGUAGCCGAACUGGAAGCAGUCAGUGGCACUUUACUGGCAAGCAUAUUGACUCAGUAGCCUGCAGGCCAGGUUGCGCCCUCUCGUGGAUCCUCGUAUAUCUCGACACGACUCACGUUCUGAAUAAUAGACCCUAUCAGCCAUAGAAAUCAAUGGGUUUUUUUCAAUCCCUUUCCCCUUUCAUCCCUACAAGGCUUCUUCUUAUAAACGCUUCGAGGAUAAAUUGUCUGUGUGUCUAAACUAAUCGCGAGUUCAUUGGGUGAACCAGCGCAGUUAUCUGCCGAUAAAGUUUGCAAGAACCUUUUUUCGUGGGCUUCAGUAAAUUUGAAUUAGGAUAAGUUACAUUUAAAAUCAUUCACUGCAUUUAAUAGCAGUUUCAACCGCGUAGUACUAAUAUGCUCAAACUCGACCCAGGCAUUAUCACAAGCGCUUGAUGUAUAGAAUUUUGAGAUGGCUGUAUUAUAGUCUUAGAGAUAUUAACAGCUGUUGAUUUGUUAAAUAAAGACGAUAC